AUAAUUAGAGGCAUAAAAAAUAUAGCAAGGGUAUUAAAGUAAUUAGACGAAACCAACAUGUCCUAAAGCGACGCUAAAGUCGGUCAAGAUGCGGCAGAUUCUCUCUCCUGUUUCCCUCAAACUCAAAGACGAAAAAGAAAAGAUUUUGGAUCUGAAAUAAUAAUGCGUGAAAAGCCCAAAGGCUGAAACGCCAACGCCGUCGCAGAACAAAACACUCUCAAAACAAAGCUUUGAAAAUUUUCAUGUCCAUCUUGCCCUCAGAAGCUCAAAGUUCCAAAGCGUCGUCUUCUCAAUCUCUCUCUCAAAACCCUAAUUCCAAUCAUGGCAACUACCAACCCUCUCCUCCUCCAAUCUCCUUCGGAUCUCUUCAUAUCUCUGAUCCUCCCCCUCCCUUCCCUCUCUCCAAUUCCCCUCCAGGCCCCUUGGCUUCCGCUGCACAAGGUUCAGCUGGAUCCUCCAAAGAGGUGAGUGAACUAGACACGCCAAUUGGUAAGAGAACUUCACUACACGAAAACAGGGGGACAAAUUCCCAAUCUAAAGGGAAAAUGUCCGCAGACAUGGUUUCUACUCAAAAUCAUAGAGGCACUGGGCCUCAUGGAAGUGCUACACAUUCGGCAGGAAGAAGAGCUCAGAUGAUGAAUGGUAAUCACUUGCUGAAUUUUCAUUAUGACCCUAUUGCUCGCUCUCGUCCGCAACCACGGGGUCCUCCUCCAAGAAUGCAGCGGAAGAUAAAGCCUUAUAACAAAGAUUUAUUCCUUCAGGCAAAUUUCAAGUUUGUUGUGUUGGAUACCGGAAGAUACAUGCCUGAAUCGAUGGAUCCAGAUAAGAUGUUGCUAUGGGAGGAUAUUAUUUGUGUGAGGUAUUCUACCCCAUUUCCAGUGCAGUGUCCAAUUUGUUUGGAAUACCCUCAAUGCCCACAAAUAACCUCAUGUGGACAUAUUUUUUGCUUCCCAUGUAUUCUGCAAUACUUGUUAAUGGGUGAGGAGGAUCAGAAAGGUGAGUGCUUCAGAAGGUGCCCUUUAUGUUUUGUGAUGGUAUCCCAGAAGGAUCUGUAUACCGUCCAUAUUGAGAAUGUUAGACAAUACUCUGUGGGUGAUACUAUAAAGUUUAUGCUUCUAACGCGACAAAAAGAUUCAUUUGUUCCAUUUCAGAAAAGUAAAAAAGAGACGAUUACCAUGCAGUGUGGUGAAAAGGACAUAUAUGAUCCCUUUUCAAAGUUUACAUUUACGUCAGAUGUUGAUCUGUCAGUCAGACAAGCGAUGUCAGAUUUAGACAGCUGGUUGGCCAGAGCAGAUUCAGGACUUGUUGAUGAUUUGGAGAAGCUUCCAUAUGUUUGUGCUGCAAUGGAACAAUUAGAACAAAGGAAGAAGUAUUGGAAUGAGCACCGAGCCUCUGAUAGCAAUAAAGCUAGUAUAAACACUAUUUGUAUGGUGGAGUCUCAUGGACUUUCAUCAAAUGCAUCCAAGGCUAAUGUUAAUAGACAUGGUUGUGGAGGGGGAACACUAUCUUCUGGGGCUGAUGAGCAAAAUAAGUGUCUAUAUAGCCCAAAAACAGACAUGUCAAAUGCAGGGAGUGGUUUGGAUCAAAGUAGUGUUGUUGCUGAACCACUAGAAGCCCAAGACACAUUUUUAUCUUCAUCAUAUGAAGAAAGCAAGAAUUUGCAAGAGUGCUUAGGUGGCUUCAGAGAUGCAAAGGACAAUGACUCUUAUACCUUCUACCAGGCAGUGGAUGGGCAGAACAUCAUUCUCCAUCCUUUAAACGUGAAGUGUCUCCUACACCAUUAUGGAAGCUAUGAUUCAUUUCCACACAGAAUAAGUGGAAGGAUUUUAGAGUUGGAAACCAUCACUCAAUCAGAGGCAAUGAGGAGGCGUUAUCGAUACUUAAGUCAUUUUUCCUUAACGACAACUUUUCAGCUUUGCGAAAUUGAUUUGAGUGGAGUUCUUCCUCCUGAUUCUUUGCUUCCAUUCAUGGAUGAAAUCAAGAAGCGUGAGAAACAGAGGAAGCAGCUGGCUAGAAAGGAGCGAAAGGAGAAAAUCAAGGCUGAAGUUGCGGCUGCAGUGCAGUUUACACCCAUAAUAUCCAGUUUUGGGCAGUCCUCUUAUAAUGAUUCCCCUACAUUCUCUAUGGAUGACUUUGAAGCCCUUCGAAGUUCUACUGUGAUAUCAUCAAAUCCCUCAGUUCCUGGGGAGAGGAAACUGUUCUCAAACGUUACAAGGCUUGGUUUUGCUGCUGCACAUGAUUCUCCUUCAUUGAAAAUGGGGGAAGGAAAUAGCUUGCAUAACAAUGAGGUGGCAACUGAUUCCGCAAGUGUAGCUGGCUCAAGGAAUUCUGUCCCAACUUCUUUUGCCAAUGUAAUAUCUAGAGCAAAGGCUGUUGAAAAUUUGGACACCCCUAAUAUGAAUGAGAUGGGAAAGAAAGGAAAGAAAGCAAGUCGGGUCCUAUUUUCAACAGCUGGUGGUCGACGCUAUUGAUAUCUAGGCUUGAACUCAACUCAACUUUCUUUAGCUUCAUAUAAUCAAAGAAAAAAGAAUCAACUCUGUUUAGCUUCUAUCUCAUCUUUGUAAAUUAACAUGACUGGUUUUAGGUGACAUUGGAAGAAUAAAAUUUAAACAUUUUCUGUUAUGUAAAUCCAUCGUUCAGUGCUUCUUCUUCCUUUUCCUUUUCCUUUUAAUAGUCAAAACUUGCUUCAUUUAGCCAUCAUGUCAAAUUGUCAUGCCUCCCGAAACAUGACAAUAGAAGACAGAUGUUUUUCAUGCAUGGAUAAGACUCGCGGAAAUAUCUUAAAAAGUUCCGAAAUAUCUCCAAUAUGAUUGAAAUAGGCCAAAGUUUCUCCUCC